CAAAUUCUGUUGUGGUUGUUGCUUGGCCUGGGGACAGCCCUACGGGGAAUGAUGCGAUCUACGGUCUGGGUAACCCUAGACCUCGAAUUAGAUUCACACCGAAGACGCCAUCACCAUGCGUUUCAACUCUGGUUCGCUGCAUAUUCUCGCAAAGUUGCAAGAACUCUACGUUGAGAACAGGACUCCGUCACCAUGCCCCGCUCGUGCUCACAUGGGAGAACUAUUAUUGACCCCAUUCUGCCCCGACUGCCCCCGACUCCUGAGUCGUGAGAUCAGAGUAUGGCUAAGCGAGAAGCCUCUCGGAAGAGCCCGCAAGUUAUUCAAACUGCCGAAGCGUGGGGUUUCCGCGGCGGCCCAUUACGGCGGGCAACUAUCUCGUGCAGAAAAGGGCCAAGCGGCAGUCCUUCCGUGUGAUGACAUGGGGUCGUCGACCAUCCUUGAGAUGAUCAGUUACGCCGCCAGCCGGAGCCAAACCGCCUCGCAAGGAAAGGCGUUCUGGUGGAAGAAUCCGGUGUGGGAUGUCAUCGGUUUGUCGCUGCCGACUUCGAUCUUCACCUUUUUUCAACACCCUGCUGCCAUGAUGAGGAUCGCUAUUGCAGGAGGCGGCUCCUUUGCCUACAUUCUCGCCCAGGAGAUCUCCAAGAGUGCUCAUCCCCCCCAUCCCGAUCUCGAAGAAAACCUUCCUUCCUGCCAGCUCGCCUUGGUAGAUUUCCAUAACGUCGAAGACCUGCACUACGUCCUCCGCGGCGUUGACCUCCUCAUCUCCACCAUCUCCAACAACGAGCAGCUCAACCUCAUCGACGCCGCCCGCCGCGCCCGCGUCCGGUGCUUCGUCCCUUCCGAGUUCGAGGGGCCGCUUUCCCACCGCCCACCGGCCAACUCAAUCGACCCGCUCGACAACCGCGGAUCCCGCGCCGCUUUGGACCUUUUGGAAAGCUGGUCUCAAUCCCGCUCUCACCGGAUGAACUACACCGUUUUCUCAUGCGGAGUCUUCAUGGAAAGGUUUGCCCGCGGUGGGCUGCAGCCUUGGGGAAUCGGGACGCAGCUGGGAUUGAUGGGGCCGAUGCCGACGAGUGAUUAUUUGGUGAAUAUCGAGCAGGCCACCGCAGAGGUGGUGGAACGGGAUGCCCAGGGACGGACGGCGUAUGUGGCUAUGACGAGUAUGUAUGAUGUUGCGAGGUUUGUGGCGGCGGCGGUGGAGUUGACGGGAUUGGGAGCGUUGGGAUUACCGUUGGAGAGGUGGCCGAGGGAGUGGAGGGUUAGAGGGGAUUGUGUGACAGUAGGGGAGGUGGUAAGGGUUUGUGAGGCUGUUAGGGGUGCCCGGUUCAGCGUCACAAGACGGUCCUAUCAAGAGGCUGAGGCCUGGGCGAAUGAAUGCCAACUUGCUGGCGAUGUGGCGACAUAUCUCUACUAUCAGAGGCUGUUGCAGACUGCUAAUGGGAGGUAUUGUAUUCGCUCGACGAACCUCGGCGAGUUGGUUAAUCAGAGCGAGAGGACGGCUUUUCAGCCAAUGAGAUUCAGGACGUGGUUGCAGCAGGUUUGGGGACCUGUUUUAUAAGUGUCUCCAUGUGUAUAAGCUUACGAGAGGAUGUGGUAGGGGUGUUGGGUAUUUAGAGAUGGAGUUGAGGGAGGAUUACAUGGUGUUUUGGCAUCUGCGUUGGAUCUCAUACCCCUGUUUAUUUGGCUUUCUUUUUUUUUUUUUUCUCUUCCUAGCGCA